AUGGUGCCCAAACCGCUGGCUGCCAGUCUGGGCUUCCAUCGCCAUGCCCAGCCUCAGGCGGCUGGCGCCAGCACUCGCUUGCCCCCGCCCAGGCGGCAGCUGCCCCCGCACUCACCACCCCAAGGAAAAGCAGAAGGAACAGCGGCGGUGCGCCGGCCGGGAGAUGGCGGCGGCGCGGGGAGGGAAGUCUCCAGCGGAAGGUCGUCCGCCGGCCGGCGCGCCCUCCUGCUCUGCCCCGGCGGCAACACCGCGGAGCCGAGCGGCUUGCCCGUGCACGCCCAGCAGCCCCAGCCGGCGGCCCCGGCGGCGGCCGCGGCCACCGCAGCGCCCGUGGCCCCGGCUUCCGGCUGGCCCAUCUGCAGGGACGCCUACGAGCUGCAGGAGGUCAUCGGCAGUGGCGCUACAGCUGUGGUCCAGGCUGCUCUAUGCAAACCCAGGCAAGAGCGCGUAGCAAUAAACAGGAUCAACUUGGAAAAAUGCCAGACCCGCAUGGGUGAACUAUUAAAAGAAAUUCAAGCCAUGAGUCAGUGCAGCCAUCCCAACGUAGACUAUUACACCCCUUUUGUGGUAAAACAUGAACUUUGGCUGGUCAUGAAAUUACUAAGUGGAGGUUCAAUGCUGGAUAUCAUAAAAUACAUCGUCAACCGAGGAGAACACAAGAACGGAGUUCUGGAAGAGGCAAUAAUAGCAACAAUUCUUAAAGAGGUUUUGGAAGGCUUAGACUAUCUGCACAGAAAUGGUCAGAUUCACAGGGAUUUGAAAGCUGGUAAUAUUCUUCUUUCAGUACAAAUAGCAGAUUUUGGGGUAAGUGCUUUCUUAGCAACAGGGGGUGAUGUUACCCGGAAUAAAGUAAGAAAAACAUUUGUUGGCACCCCGUGUUGGAUGGCCCCUGAAGUCAUGGAACAGGUGAGAGGCUAUGACUUCAAGGCUGACAUGUGGAGUUUUGGAAUAACUGCCAUUGAACUCGCCACAGGAGCAGCGCCGUAUCACAGAUACCCUCCUAUGAAAGUGUUGAUGUUGACUUUGCAGAACGAUCCACCCACUUUAGAAACAGGAGUAGAGGAUAAGGAGAUGAUGAAAAAGUAUGGCAAGUCCUUUAGAAAAUUACCUUCACAGUGUCUUCAGAAAGAUCCCUCCAAAAGGCCCACAUCAGCAGAACUUUUAAAAUGCAAAGUCUUCCAGAAAGCCAAGAACAGAGAGUACCUGAUUGAGAAGCUGCUUACAAGGACACCAGACAUAGCCCAAAGAGCCAAAAAGGUGAGACGAGUUCCGGGGUCAAGCGGUCACCUUCAUAAAACCGAAGACGGGGACUGGGAGUGGAGUGAUGACGAGAUGGAUGAAAAAAGUGAAGAAGGGAAAGCAGCUUUUUCUCAAGAAAAGUCACGAAGAGUAAAAGAAGAAAAUCCAGAGAUCACAGUGAAUGCCAGCAGCAUACCGGAGCAGAUACAGUCCCUUUCUGUGCAGGACUCUCAGGGCCUACCCAAUGCUAGUGAAGACUACAGAGAAGCUUCGUGCGCCGUGAACCUCAUUUUAAGAUUAAGAAACUCCAGAAAGGAACUUAAUGAUAUACGAUUUGAGUUUACUCCAGGAAGAGGUACAGCAGACGGUGUUUCUCAGGAGCUCUUCUCUGCUGGCUUGGUCGAUGGUCAUGAUGUGGUUAUAGUGGCUGCUAAUUUACAGAAGAUUGUAGAUGAUCCCAAAGCUUUAAAAACAUUGACAUUUAAAUUGGCUUCUGGCUGUGAUGGGUCAGAGAUUCCCGACAAAGUGAAGCUGAUCAGGUUUGCUCAGUUGAGCAUCAGCUGAUGUCUGUCCCUUGAUGUCAUCCUGAUCUGUCAUGCCUCCCCUCGCCACGCCCACCCCCCAACCUUUCCCUUCCCUGCCACUUCCUCCCACCCCCUAGCAAAUUCAGAGGAUUGUGAAGAGGCCGGCUUCAACGGGAUAAACAAGAAUUGUUUUUAAACUUAACAACACUGAGUUCUGCUUUAUUCUCUAGCAACCCACAGUAUGAGAACAAGCAAAGC